CAAAAAACGUUUCCAUAAAAUCACAACAGUUAGUUGUAUCGUUGUUUGAAUCCCAAAUCAAGCUUUAAUCAUUCCUAUCAAUCAAUACCACCAAAAUGUCUAAUAAUAAUCUUGAAGCAUUUUUGCAGAGCAUUAUUGUAGCUAGUUCAGAUGCUGAGCUGGUACCCAAUACUGUACUACUGCCACACAGAUUGAAGGAUCUGCUAAGGGCAGUAGUCAUUGAGACAUUUGACCAAGAAUUGAAGCCUGUGAUUAAGGAUUUGUUUCGUACUGUUGUACAAGAGGUACUUGAAAGCAAGCUGUCAGUUGUUCAGAGGAACCUGGAGGAUGAGAUACGGGCCACUUCAAACCCGAGAACCUUGAAGCUCAAGUUUAUAGAAAAGGCGGUUGUUUCUCCCAUUUAUACCGGAGUGGAAAUCAAAGGAGAAGGUGGUUGUCCUUUUCGGGUGGCUUUGUUUGACGAUAUCACUGGAAAUAUUGUGGACUCUGGACCUAAUGCCUCUCUAGAAGUGGAAAUUGUUGUGCUCAAGUUUGAGUUUGGUGCUGGUGGAAAUGAUAGUUGGACAGCUCGAGAAUUCAUUGACAGCAUUGUGAGAGAAAGGGAAACGUUAAGAAAUUCUCUCCGUACGAGAUCGAGCUCUCUUCUUACAGAACGUGUUGUUGUGAAACUAGAUAAAGGUGUUGGCGAUGUGCACAAUGUUAAAUUCAGACACACUGCAAGUCAUAUGAAGAACACUCGGUACAGGCUCGGGGCACAUGUUACUGAUGACCGUUCUCGUGGUGCUACUCGAAUUCAAGAAGCAAUCACAGAGCCCUUUGUUGUCAAGGAUAAACACAUCCUGCGUAAUGCGAAGCAUUUUACGCCGUCUCUAUCUGAUGAUGUGUGGCGGUUAGUGCACAUUGGCAGGCACACAUAUUGCCGUCUACAAGAGAAAAGAGUUCUCACAGUGGAAGAUUUUCUGAUUCUACACCUCAGAGAUCCUAUGCUUCUUGAAAGAACACUUCGUAUGAAGCCAAGUGCUUUCGAAGAAACACUGAACAAUGCUAAAAGAUGCAACAGCAAUAAGAUAUAUUACCAUACCAAUUCUCAUCGAAACAAAGGGGUGGUCUUUAACAUUUUUGGUCAAGUGCUUGGGUUAAUUCUGCAAUCACAAUAUAUACCCGCUGAUGAGCUCUCACAAGAUGAAAAGGCUAAUGCCCCCCAAUUGUUAGCAUCUGCCUAUGAACAUUGGGAGGAGGAGGUCGAGUGUUUCGAUGAGCUGACAUCACUUGAGCAAAAGUUUCCUAAGCUAUCGAGGUCCAAAAGUUUCAUCGAAAUUAUGAUUAAAGAGUUGCAUCAUGAAAAUGUAGUGUUUCACAUUAAAGAAGAUGGAGCUGGUUCUCGUGCAAAUGAUUUCGGUUCUACUACCUGUCCUUGGAACACAGAUGAACUAAUGGCGUUGUCGUUUGAAUGGCAAGCUAAUGAGGCGAGUCGAGCCAGCAAUGAACCUCGGGAUGGUAGUGUCGCUAAUGGAAAAGUGUUGAAGAAGUGGAAGAUAUUGGUGAACAUAGUGAAAUGGCUAACACAAAGAAGAGAUGAGGCCAUAGUGGAAGUUCAUGUUCAAAAGAAGCCUAGACACUCUUAAUUCAGUUCUGAUCUGUUCUUGGUUACAGCCUAACAAGAUAUUUGAAGGGACAAUAUCAGAAUUUUGACUUUAAGUUCUGAAUGGAUGAGAAGUGAAAAAUGCACAAGUCUUUGACCAUUUUCUCAGGGUUUCUGCACUUGAAACUUUCAUCUUCUACUAGUACUGAUUUCUGAAUAUUUGAUUUUUUUUCUCAUCUCAUUUCCUUUUCUUUCUUCUUGGCUCUGGUCUCAAAUUUUUUGUAAAGUUUAAUUACAAUAAUUUAAUCUAAAUUAAUGUAAUUUAUUUGUUAA